UUGCUGCGCUGUUCACGCCCAAUGGAUGUGCCCUGGACGAGGAAUAUUCAAGGACGAUGAGUUCAAAAUAACGCAACCACAUAAUCAUCCUGUCGAUGAACAUUUGGGGAUUAAGGAAAUCUUUAUCCACCAAUUAUGCUUGGCAGCAGCAUCACAACUGAGAUCAAUUCCCAAGAUUUAUGAAACUCUAGAAGCUGUACAUUGGGAGGCAGCUCAGCUCAUUGAUUAUGAUGCUGUGAAAAAUCGCAUGACUACUUGCAGACUUCAUAUGGAAUUCCCAAGGAUCGAUGAUUCCUACGGAACUCUGUACGACAAACUUUCAACGGAUAUGUAUAUCUCCCUGCUUUGGAGUCGUAAUGGUCGUAUGGAUAUGGAAAUCUAUAACACAGGCGGAGAAUCUGAAGUCCUCAUCUUUUCCGAUUAUGAGUUUUUGGUUGAUCUCAGAAAUGCGGAAGUAUCAUCAGUCUCUUUCGUGGCCAGCAAUCAAUUCGAUAUUUCAUUACUCCCAGUGACAGAAAUUAUCGUUGCAUCGGCACUUAUUGAUAACCACGUGCUGCCAUGUUUGUGGAUUCUUGUAAAGAACAGAAAUCCGCCAGCCUAUGCAGCAAUUGUAACCAAACUGAAGAGGAUAUUCGAGCACACCGUGCCUAUCUAUGGGAAUUUUGACGCAUUACUCCAUGAGAAACUCCUAGAGCACUAUACAACUGUCAAAGGCACUUUAUACAGUAGUUGUAAUAUUCUAUGGGCCAAAGCGAAGGAUCUAGGCAUCAGGUUUCUGAAUGGCACCAACGGUACCAUCAUUGGACAAAUUUGUGCGCUAUUCCUCCUGGAGAAGGACAUGAUCGUCCCUACUUAUCGCAUACUGUGUCAACAAAUGACACUACCACAGAAAGGUGAACUGGCAAGGUUACUUGAAUAUUUUGAGGAUGAUUGGCUUGGACGCGUAGGCCCUUCCCAGAUGAGUUUCUAUCAGGAUUACGAGGGAACGAAAGAUUUCCAGCGGCUGAUAAAAAAAUACUUGGAUCGGAAGCUUGGAGCUAAUACUAGCAUUUGGGAUUUGCUAC